AGGUUGGCAGUGCGUUAAUAUUUAUAUCCGCGCAGAGUGUACCGAUCAACAGGUAGUAGUGCUAGACGAUGGCUGGGAACACUUCAGGUGUGUCUGUGGCCAAAAAAAGAUGCCAAAUCGGCCCGUGCUAGCAGUGUAAGUAACUUUAAUGCUCUCGAGUUGUCAGGGACGCGCCGCUCUCGUUUGGCCACUCGUCGAGUGCUGCGUAUUUGGUGUUAACUGUUAGACUGAAACAUGUGAUUCAACAGAUCGCAUCAAGUUAACAACCAGCACGAUCAGAUUGUUUGGAUUACAUUGGAAUUUGGAUUUCCAACUAUUUUCGUUAAUGCUGGACAAGCAAAUUCCGGGACCAAGUUAGCGAGCGAGGAAUUUUGAGGCAAGAAAUGGUGCCCAGUGUUGCUCAAGUUGAGUUCAUCGAGUCCUCACACAUGUACACCUCCAACUAUCUGCGAAGCUCCAAGGCUGUAGGAGUUCUCUGGGGUGUCUUUACAUUCUGCUUUGCCAUCAUUGAUGUGGUGGUCUUCAUUCAACCCCAGUGGAUAGGAGAUACUGUGGAAUCGAAAGGCACAGGAUACUUUGGCCUUUGGAAACACUGCAGUCUGGUUAAAAGUGCAGUUGGUCAAGAGAUCAUUUGCAAAGGUCAGCUCGAGGAUUUCAACACCAUCCUGAAUCCAGCUUUCAGAGCCGCUACAGUUUUUGUAGGCCUCUCAGUGGUGGUGAUUGUCCUGUGCCUCUGUGCCAUGCUCUUCUUCUUCUUCUUCAGCCCAUCGACCGUCUUUCAUAUUUGCGGCUGGCUCCAGUUCUUUUCCGGCGCGUUUUUAAUAGUAGGUGUUUUGGCUUUCCCUGGAGGCUGGUCGGAUCCAUCUGUCCAAGAAGUAUGCGGUCCUUCAGCAAGACAUUUUUAUCCCGGACAAUGCGGACUUCGAUGGGCCUAUAUCUUGGCAAUGAUAGGCGUGGCAGACGUCCUCGUCCUAGCCGCUUUAGCAUUCACGCUUGCCGUCCGUCAUGUCAAACUAUUAUCUCUUCAGCCUUAUCCGAUCAUCUACAAAGGUGAAGUGAAUCAAGGUUACGCCAAUGACGGCGGCCAUCGGUCGCGUCGAUCUUCUGCCCACACCGUUUCCGGCCAGUCGGUAGCCAUGUUUCCCCAUCCUGGUGAAAUUCAUGACCGAAUGCCGGAAUAUGGAACUCCCUACCGAGCUGGUCAUCGUUCUAUCAAUAAACCGCCUUCAGCUCAUUCCUACCGGCCGGAAUAUGCUAGCUCCAAUCAACAUCGCUUCCAUCUAUGAUAAGGAUAUAUA